AUGGCGACUGUUGAAGUGCAACUCCCUGUCGCAGCUGCGACAACAUUUGGCAGUGUUACCGAAGCAUCCACCCUAUCACCACACGAUGUCGAUACAGUCCUGAACUACUUCAAGCCGAACGAGGACGGAUCGCCGCCCGCACCGGCCUACGUCGGCGACCCAAAAACCUAUGAUCGCCCCUUUGACCCUCGCCCAGUCCGGGUCAAAGACCUUACCGGUCGCGAAAACAAAUUUACAUUAGAUAAGAAUGGCUUCCAAAUCUACAAACACAUAAGCAACGAAAAAGUCUUUUUGGACGAGGAAAAGAUCAAAGAUACAUACUAUAAAGAAACUGAGCAACUCCUGAAAGAUGCUACCGGCGCGUCAAAGAUAUUCAUCUUCGAUCAUACCAUCCGUCGCCCCGAUCCGAAUGCACCAGUUACGCCUAAUGGUACCCAGCUGCGUGGCCCCGUUCAGCGUGUGCACAUCGAUCAGAGCUACUCAGCUUCCUUGAACCGCGUGCGAUUCCACCUUCCCGAAGAGGCCGACGAACUCCUCAAAGGUCGUGUAGAGAUCAUCAACGUAUGGCGACCCAUCAAACGUAUCUUGCGGGACCCAUUGGCGCUUGCCGAAGCCGACUCUGUUUCCGAGGAUGAUCUUGUGCCUAUUGGCCUGAUCUACCCGAACCGUAAGGGCGAGACGUUGUCGGUCAAGCAUAGCAACAAUCAUCGCUGGUGGUUCAAAUAUGGCAUUACACCCGAGGAGGUCAUUUUAAUCAAGUGCUUCGACUCCAAGACCGAUGGACGGGCGAGAAGAGUUCCCCACACAGCUUUCGUUGACCCCAGUGCCACUGGGGACUUGCCAGCGAGGGAGAGCAUCGAAAUUAGAGCGCUCGUAUUCCAUGAGGACGAUAGAGAAUGA